AACACACUGGCCUGGUUCGGAGACCGAGUCGGUAUAAACAAACUCUCCAUUGAGGUAGGCGUCUGUUGAAACUUAAUGAAAGGAUGAUAGAACGGCUGGACUAGAAAAUAUAGAGAUAGGCCAAAAGGAUAUAAAGAUAAGCCCUUUUGAUAAUUAUAAGCCAGAAGAAGUAGAUGAUAUCUUCCUAAUUUUUAUAUGUAGGAGUCUCAAUCAAAAGAAUCAUUUAUUUUAUAUUCAAUUCGUUUCGUUUAAAAUACAAUUCGAGAUAGCAUUAAGGUUUUUAUUGUAGAAUUUACUAUUCUUUAAAACUUGAUUGUUUAAUUUUCUUUACUUUAAAAAAAAAAAACAGAAUAAUAGCCGCUUCCUAUUAUUGCACGUUAAUCUGGACAAGAGCAAAACAAUGUUCUAUAGCUGAAAGAAACUUGAAAAGUUUGUGAUCUAGCCAUAGAGAAAUAAAAGAAAAGUGUUCAGUUUGUAUUAAAUUUACAUAGCAAUCUUGUCUCUGUUCAUUUAUCCGACAGCUGAUAUCUUCUUAUCUCUUGUAUCCGGUUCCUCUUGCCAUGGGCGUGGCUCCAGAAGACUGCCGAAGGGUUGCAAUGUUAUACGGUUACCGGCUUGGCAGCUCCAAUAUUAUUGCAUUUUUGAAGGUACUAUUUGUAUCCUAG